CGCACUUCGUCCGUGCAAGGUGGCUGUUGCUAUCGUUCUAGUGUUCUGUGUGCAGUUUCUGGCUGUUCGUUCAUGUGGGACGCAUCGUGACAUUAGUGCUAUGCGCUUAAAGUGCAUGAAACAACGUCGCCAUAAUUUGGCCAGAUUGGAUUGUCGACCAAUACGUUACUGUCUGUUGUUGAAAUCGGGUCCAUUUUCUUUUAUGUAACUUAGUGCUCCAUCUUCUAACAGUUUGUACGGCGGAGGCUUGAAUCCAGGAGACAGUAUAAGGACGACAUGGGUCAAGCGUCAAGCCUAACGCCAAACACUGGAGACGGGCUGAAUCCCUCGACGGACCCAUCGGAUAACAACGUGGAGACAGUCACGUCCCGAAGACUUGACCGUGCGAGUCAUAAGGAUGCCCAAGACACGCAUAUUGUCGUUGAACCGCUUCCGGAAGUACAAGACGAAUGUUCCAGGAACGGUAAACAAGUUAAGCAUCCAAAAUCAAUUGGUACUUAUUUCCGCGAUGGCCGGAGAAAGAUAGACUAUGUCCUAGUCCAUGAAGAAGUUAGUCUGGCACCUAGCCGAAGCAGAAAUCACAACACAACAAUCCAGUCAUCGUUGCCCUUGCCUUUUCGGCCGGAAGAGAAAUCGCUUCAGGGUGGAAUGCGGCCGACGCCGUUGACGUCAACAAUACAUCAGAACACACCAAAGCAGAACCGGAAGAUAGACACCAGAAAAACAUUUAUAGAUAAACUCAAGUCACAAGGAAUAGAAAUCGAAGAGGAAUUUGCUGAAGGAAAAAGAACAAACGUCCGAUUUAUCAAAUUGCACGCCCCUUUUCCGCUACUUGCUCACUGGGCGGAGGAGCUUGGAUUUCGUGCGAGAAUUUUGUGCCAGGCCAAGGCCGAGGAGGAUAAUUGGUCUGCUAGACUUUUUAAAUCCUUGAGGCUACCCAACUGUUUUGCACAGGAAAUCCCAGGCGAUCCGCCUAAAGUUUGCUGUACUUACCCAUUUCGGCGGUCGAAAAUCGCAACUUUGUUGGGCAAUCUUGAUAGCGAGUCUUACUUUACGUCAACGGAGCGUAGCCGAAUCGUUAACGAGAUUUUAGCCAGGACAACAUAUGGCGACCGACGUAAAGGCGAAGUUGGCAUUGAACGAUUGUUGAAGGAGGGCGUCUAUACAGCCUCUUAUCCACUGCAUGAGGGUUGUUUUCAUCGAAAGGUAAAUGGAAAUGAAGAUCAAGAGAAGUUGAAUCCUCGCCAGAUUUUACACGGAUACUGGGCACGCUGGUCCAAGUGGUCCAAGUAUCAGCCACUGGAUAAUGUACGCGAGUACUUUGGCGAGAAAAUUGCUUUCUAUUUCGCAUGGCUAGGUUUCUAUACUGGCUGGCUCAUUCCACCAUCGAUCGUUGGUGUGUUGAUCUUUGUCUACGGUCUGCUAACUGUAGACGAGGAUCCUGCCUCAAGCCAAGUAUGUCGUAGCAUCGGUCAAUACCCCAUGUGUCCGCUUUGCGAAGAGAGCCAAGGAUGUCAUCAGUGGGAUCUGAGUGACGUGUGCACCUACUCCAAGUUAUCUUACCUUUUCGAUCAUCCGGGAACGGUCGCCUUCGCCAUCUUUGUCUCUUUUUGGGCGGUCACGUUCUUGGAAUACUGGAAAAGAUACAGCGCCCGUCUAGCUCAUCGUUGGGAUGUAGUAGAUGUUGAACGAGAAGAAAUACGCCCUCGUCCGGAAUUCGCUUUGAAGGCUCCGUCUAUUGCAACAAAUCCCGUGACUGGUAUAGCCGAACCAGCCUUUCCCCAUUCAGUCAGGCGAAAGCGGAUAAUGGCCGGUGUCUGCUUCGUUUUCUUGAUGGUUUGCAUGGUUAUUAUUUUCAUUGUCGCCAUCAUCGUCUACCGGAUCGUGGUCUCAAUUCCACUCUUCCAGCACGAGACCUUGAAGUCACAGGCUCAAGUUAUAGCAAAUCUUUCGGGUGCCGUCGUCAAUCUAGUGCUGAUCAUGGCUCUAGGUCGUUUCUACGAAAAGUUGGCCUACAAACUCACCACCUGGGAAAUGCAUCGAACCCAAAUCGAGUUUGAAGAUAAUUUAACUUUCAAGGUCUUCGCCUUUCAAUUUGUCAACCUCUAUGCAUCCCCGUUUUACAUUGCUUUCUUCAAGGGUCGAUUCGUCGGCUACCCGGGAAACUAUUUGCACAUAUUCGGAUUGAGGAAUGAAGAGUGUAGCGCUGGCGGGUGUCUAGUUGAGCUUUCCCAGCAGUUAUUCAUAAUCAUGGUUGGUAAGCAGGUCAUCAACAACGCACAAGAAAUCUUGUGGCCAAAAGUUCAAGCCUGGUGGCAAAAUCGAAAGGUGGAAUUCACUCAAGAUAAAGGCAAAUCUAAAAGGUGGGAGGCAGAUUAUCAGCUAGUUGAGAAUGCUGGUUUGUUUCAAGAAUACCUUGAAAUGGUGAUGCAGUUUGGUUUCAUCACGAUCUUCGUGGCAGCCUUUCCACUCGCCCCGCUUUUUGCGUUGCUAAACAAUAUUGUUGAAAUACGGCUAGAUGCACAGAAAUUUGUAUGCAAUACUCGACGAACUGUAGGACACCAGGCUAAAAACAUUGGCAUCUGGUUAAGAAUAUUGGAAUUUCUCGUUCAUCUAGCUGUCAUCAGCAAUGCAUUCCUAAUAUCUUUCACGUCCGAGUUCCUUCCGAAAAUUCUCUACCAAUACGAGCACUCGUGGUCAAUGGAUGGUUACGUCAAUUUUACUCUGGCUAUUUCUCCUAAAGGAUCAAUGAUUGAACCAUGCUACUACCGUAGCUUUCGUGAUGAGGAUGGUAAUUUGACAGCAUUCUACUGGAAACUGCUUGUCGUUCGAUUGGCGUUUGUUGUCAUUUUUGAGCAUUUUGUAUUUGGGGUUUGUCGAUUAAUUGAUGCUGUCGUUCCAGACGUUCCGAAGACAUUGGCCAUAAAAAUGAAACGUGAUAGAUACUUAGCCAAGCAAAUACUGCAAGAUCCGGAACAUCACAUUCGAAUAAGCGAAUGCACAUAAUUUAUUGGUCAAAACCUGAUAACGUGGCUGCCAAAAUGCCAUUUAAUGGUGUACUAUUCUCAAACAUGAAAUUUUUCCUAUUAUUCAUCAUUGUGGAGAUAUUUCCCACCCCGUUUUAAAGCCAGGUUCGUAUUUUAAAACAAAUUUCGGGCGGAAACUGUAUGCAUACGUGAUACAAAACACGAAACCUAACUCAUAAAUCUUAGACAUGAGUGAAUCAGGUUUAACGUAACAUUUAAGUCCAAAAAGCAUUCCAGUUUUCCUAAUUAUUUUGUCAAGGUGGUAUGUGCGGUGGUAUCAUGUAAAGGGCAAUGUGUACGUAUUCUGUAAUUCAUAUACUUCUGUUCAUUUAAACUUUUGUGUUCUGCCACUGUGGUUCCUAAUAAAUUUAAAUCUUUAUCAUCA